UUACUGCUGCAGAGAGCACUGAAGAGCCUAUCAGCCCCGUUCCUCAGCGCAGAGAGAGUGUAGUUGAGGAGCCUGUGGCUGAGGCACCAUCCACCGCAGAGGCUCAGACGGAGCCGAUGAGAGACGAGCCUGAACCUGAGGCUCUAGUAGCGGCGCCUCGCCCUGUGCCCACAACAAGCGACGUACAGACAGUCAUCGAAUACACAACCGAUCCACAGUUAGUGGCGGAGGUUGCAGCGCUCAAAGAGCGUGUAGCCGAGUUGGAAGGUAUCAACAAUGGGCUGGAAGAGACCAUCUCGGAGAUGCGGGACGAGGCCGAGAGUUACCCCACCUCUCUACUGCAG